AUGGCCGCCACGUCGACGUCGACGCCCCCGGGCACAUUGCGCCAAAGGAACGUCGGGUCCGCGACCAAGAAGGCCAAGGAUGGGUCCUCUUCGGAUGUCGAGCUUGACAAGCUCGUGAAAGCGGCCUCCGCGAAAGCCUCCGGCGCCAGCUCCGAACGCGACUACAAGGCCGUCUUCGUCGUUAUCACUGCCUUGGCCUUCCUCACCAGAUUCUGGGGGAUCAGCCAUCCCAACGAAGUUGUCUUUGAUGAGGUCCACUUCGGCAAGUUCGCCUCGUAUUAUCUCGAGAGAACAUAUUUCUUCGACGUGCACCCUCCGUUCGGCAAGCUCCUCUUCGCCUUCAUGGGCUGGCUGGUGGGAUACGAUGGCCACUUCCACUUCGAGAACAUUGGCGACUCGUACAUCGUGAAUAAGGUCCCCUAUGUCGCUUUCCGCUCACUGCCCGCCAUUCUCGGUGCCCUCACUGUCUCGGUUACCUACCUGAUCAUGUGGGAGUCCGGCUACAGCCUCCCCGCCUGUAUUGUGGCGGCCGGCCUGGUCCUCCUUGACAACGCCCACAUUGGCCAGACACGUCUUAUCCUACUCGACGCCACACUCGUCUUUGCCAUGGCCUGCAGUUUGCUCUGCUACAUCAAGUUCUACAAGCUCCGUCAUGAGCCCUUCUCAAGGAAAUGGUGGAAGUGGCUGAUACUGACCGGCUUUGCUCUGUCAUGCGACAUCUCAACCAAGUAUGUCGGCCUGUUCGCCUUCAUCACCAUUGGCUCUGCCGUCGCCAUCGAUCUCUGGGACCUCCUCGAUAUCAAGAGACCCGGAGGCGCCCUGAGCCUGCCAGAUUUUGGCAAGCAUUUUGCUGCUCGCGCCUUUGGCCUGAUUCUCAUGCCCUUCCUGUUUUAUCUCUUCUGGUUCCAGGUCCACUUCUCCAUCCUCACCCGCUCUGGGCCUGGAGAUGAUUUCAUGACCCCUGAAUUCCAGGAGACGCUCAGCGACAACAUCAUGCUCGCAAACGCCGUGACCAUCGACUACUACGACACCAUCACCAUCAAGCACAAGGAGACGAAGGCCUAUCUUCACAGCCACCCGGACCGGUACCCCCUGAGGUACGACGACGGCCGUGUCUCCAGCCAGGGCCAGCAAGUCACGGGCUAUCCUUUCAACGACACCAACAACUAUUGGCAGAUUCUUCCUGCUGGUCCUGCCGAGGAGCCACAACUUGGCCGCCAUGUUAAGAACCACGACCUCGUGCGGCUGCGUCACCUUGUCACCGAUACCAUCCUGCUGUCCCAUGAUGUCGCCUCGCCCUACUACCCCACCAACCAGGAGUUUACCACCGUCUCCAUUGCGGACGCCUACGGCGACCGGGCUGCUGACACUCUGUUCGAGGUGCGGAUCGAGCACGGCAAGAAUGGCCAGGAAUUCAAGAGCGUCUCUAGCCACUUCAAGCUCAUCCAUAACCCCAGCAAAGUGGCCAUGUGGACCCACACCACGCCUCUGCCAGAAUGGGGCCACAAACAGCAAGAGAUCAACGGAAACAAGCAGAUUGCCCCGAGCUCCAAUGUGUGGCUUGUCGAGGACAUCCCCUCACUUCCGGCCGACCACAAGCGCCGCGAGAGGCCGGAGAGGAAGGUCAAGACGCUCCCGUUCCUGCGGAAGUGGUUUGAGCUGCAGCGGUCUAUGUUCUGGCACAACAACCAGUUGACCGCUAGCCAUCCCUAUGCCUCGCUGCCUUACCAGUGGCCGUUCCUGCUCCGCGGCGUCAGCUUCUGGACCCAAAACGAGACUCGCCAACAGAUCUACUUCCUUGGCAAUCCCAUCGGUUGGUGGAUUGCCAGCAGCGUCCUGGCCAUCUAUGUCGGUGUCGUAUUGGCCGACCAGUUCUCUCUGCGCCGCGGCAUCGAUGCCCUUGAUCAUCGCUCCCGCUCGCGCCUCUACAACUCCACCGGCUUCUUCUUCCUUGCCUGGGCAACACAUUACUUCCCAUUCUAUGUGAUGGGCCGUCAGCUGUUCCUGCACCACUACCUCCCAGCCCACUUAGCCUCGUGCCUUGUCACGGGCUCGCUGGUUGAGUUCAUCUUCAGCCAGGACGCCAUCGAGCACGAGCUGGCCUACCAGGCCGCCAAGGCCGGCAAGAAGGUCGCAGCGCUCAAGCGCCACCUGACCGCCCGUGAGCGGUUCGCGGGCCAGAGCUUGCUGGCUUCCUGGAUUGCGGCCCUUGUCAUCCUCGUGCUUGUCGCUGCCAGCUGGUACUUCUUCCUCCCGCUGACGUACGGCUAUCCCGGCCUGUCGGUUGACCAGGUCUUGAGGAGGAAGUGGCUGGGCUAUGAUCUGCACUUUGCGAAAUGA